CCAAAGCUUUUGGAUUCAGUUUUGUUAUGGAGACAGCCUAAGCAAGAUGAAGUCAAAGCCAAACAGAAAGUGAUUGCUUCUCAAUUGUUAUUAACAUUUAAUCUAUUAAGUAUGGAUUAUUCAUUUAAACAGUGUAAAUACAAUUAUGCCAAACAAUUUCCAGUGAAUGUCAACUUAAUUAUUCUUGUAUUGUUAUCCGUAAGCCAACAAUUGAUCCAAAUAACGGAAACGAGUAACCUCCCUCUUCUAUCUGCCAGUUUACGAACCUUUCAAGCUCACGCCUGUGAUGGUCAACAGUUGAUAUUAGAGUGUUUACCCAAUACCGUGAUUAACAUUUAUUUGGUUAACUAUGGACGGACAACGGGAUCACAAGUUUCCAAUAACCUUUGCCAACAAUCAACAAAUCAUCAGCUAUCAUCAUCAUCAUCUUUCUCAUCACCAACCCAUAAUGAUAAAAGCUCACCUUUAAAUCCCUCCAAGAUGAUUGCUUUGGAAGCAACUUCAUCAAGUUAUGAUCCAGCCAAGCUAAUCAAUCAAACAGCAAUUCACUCUAAACCAGACUGUCAAACCACUGAUAAUCUUAAGUAUUCAUUGUUGAACAAAGUGGAAGAAGCUUGUCGAGAGAAGCAAAUUUGUAAAAUAAUGACUGACCCUGGAUCAUUUGCAGGAAUUGACCCUUGUCCAGGAAUCACAAAGUAUGCUGAAGUUGCCUAUAAAUGUCGUCCAAAUACAUUUUACAAUAAAAUUGUUUGUGAAGAUAACAAGAUGAGAUUAUCAUGUAAAAAGUAUCAACGGAUCAUGAUUUACUCUGCAUUUUUUGGAUCAACUAAAACUGGUGUAGUUGAAUGUCCUCAGGGUGGAUCAUCAUCACCAUCAAAAGGUAAUCAUGAGGAAUGCUCAAUAAGUUUGACAACUGAAAAAGUUGUUGCUUCAUGUAAUGGCCUGAGAAACUGUGAAUUGAUUGCAAACAGGGAAACUUUUGAUAAACCCGGUUGUUCCAAGUCAACUAGACUUCAUCUUAAAAUUGUUUAUGCGUGUGUCCGUCGUGAGGUGCUCAAAAGUUCAAUCGGUAAAUCAUCUUCUCCAGGAACAUCAUCAUCUUUAUCCCCAGGAGGUUCAAGUGAAAUGAUUUAUCCGGAUGAAGUGACACCCAAUGAACAGAUUCCAGGUAAAUCAUCUUACGAUUCUUCCACAGUUGAUUACUCUGGUUACAUGGGAGCACCUAGAGUGGCACCGGAAGAGGAAGAUAAAGAUUCAUCAUCCCAAGUGACUCCUCCAUCAUCUGUUAUCUCCUCUGAAUCUUACCUUAAAUCAAAGGAAUCUCUUAAUGAUCCCAUUCGAGUGCCUAUUAAGGAUGGAUUAGGAGCCAGUUUACCAGAUUCUCAUGAUCCAUAUCACAAUAAGUCAACAUUAUUUCAUCCAAAGAAAGCUCUUGGUUUCAUGGUUGAUUGGUUAUCUGCUUAUAAAUUUAUCAAAGAUAAAACUGAAAUCAUCAUAAUCUGUUUAAUCAUGUCGAUUGUUGUUGCAUCGCUUUUGUUUCUCGUCUUCCUCUCAACCAAUCAAUUAAUCAUUCAAAGGUUUAAUUUAAAUGGUAAACCAAAAAAUCAAAAGAAACCUUGUAGUCCUAAAAAGUCAUCACCUUUUGCUGGAUCCAAGGGAAGAUGUGAAGUUGAUGGAUUGGAUGACACAACGGUAGAUCAAUUGUUGGAGGAACUUGAUCCAGUUCUGGUUCAUUCUGUUGGAAUAGCAGAUCCUCUAUCAAACAUGGCCAUUUCAUCUUCCCACCACAGUUUCCAUGAUUUUCGUGCUCAUUCAAAGCCUCUCAUAACCGAUGGACUUCCCUAUCCAGCCCAUUCUGGUCAAACAUUGAGUUUCACUUCAAGCUUAAGCCGAGGAGCAGGUAAUCGACUCUCAUUUGGUAGGCCCAUUCAACCACCCACAGCUCCAAUGACAAUUACACCAGCCAGUCCAACAUCAAUAAAUUGCCAUUUAAUGGCAGACUCUAAUCCUCGAGCCAUGUCGGGCACUGUAAACAGUUAUUUUUGAUUCUAAUUUAGUUUCGCCUUAAAACUGUUUUUCCCAUUUGAAGCUUCAAUAACCAAAGACCAAAGUGUAUUUUAUACUCAACCUGAUAAACCAAAGCCAUUGCACAUAAUAUAAAUACAAAUAUAUAUAUAUUUUUACUUGAAUGCAAAAUGAAAAAAUCAAUAACAGGUUUAUUGAAGCAAACUGAUCGCCUGAUAUCAGUGACAAUGACAUUGGCCAGUUCAAUUUUAUUCAAAGUUCACCUCAUCAACUCUUGGAAAUAAUCUGGAAAAGAAAUGAAAAUGUCUGUCAAUCAAAACCAUUGACUAUUGUUGACGACAAGAUGAUUGUAAUUGUCAUCGCCUUAAUUGUUAAUAUAAUGUAACUACUUGUGUAUAAAAAUGACAUUAUCAUUGGCAAAUUGUCUUGAUAAUUUGAAUAUCUUUUUAAGCAAAGAGACAAAAUGAUGAAAAAAAAACAUAAGCAAACAAUCUGUAUUAUUAUGCCAAACGUAUUCACUUGAAAAGUGUUGAACGUGAUUCGAAAUUUUGAUUGUCAAUAAUGAUAUGAAUUUGUGAAUUGCGAUAAAGAAAGCAACUUUAAUUACAAGUAAGGAGCAAUUAAAAGUGUCAUAAUAAUGAAUAGUAAAUACUCUUCCUGAUUUACUGAUUACCAAAUCAAUAAAUCUGUUACUAUUUCUGUAUCUUGAAAUUGAGCAAAAACAAAAAAUGAAUAACUCUGUUCAUGGAACAA